AUGGCGCUCAAGGGCUUUCUGUAUCAUGGAGCAUCUCGCAAUUUUGAGGUGAGCGCCGAGGCCUUCGGAAGUAGCGGGAAAUUACGCAACUUUAAUUGCUUGCUUCGAUUACCUUACGACAUUGCGCACACUCUGUCUCUAACCCAUCGAGAGAAUAGGCAAGGAUGA